GAAUUGCAUUUUUUCAGUUUGAUAUUUGAAGUGGUUAAACAUACCCUAAAAAACUUACUAGGAAAAAAAAAUUGAUUUAUGAACACUGUGCAACUCUCGACCAUCGUGAUCGAUGCUUAAUCGGCAGAAGCAGUAAAGCCCUAACAGAGAUUCGGCCCUUACAGGGGAACGUAAAUGAUCGAAUAUCAACCAUCGGGUGAAGGCAUAGGAUAGUCAAAGAAGCUUCUCUCCUGGUGGAUACAACUGAAGUGCUCCAAGUAUGGCAGAAACUAUGGAUAUGCCUCUGCUUGUGCCCGGCCACCAGCUGAACAUCGAUUUUUCACAGGUGGAUUUGAAUGCAAUACAGCUCCCUCCUGGUGAAGACUUCGGCAUUAAGAGUGAUGAUGAAGAGGAAGAAGAAGACUCGUUGGAAUUUGAGACGGGGUUCGGGAAUGUCAUUGUUGUUGACAAUCUUCCUGUUGUGCCUCCAGAGAAGUUUGAGAAACUUGAAGGUGUUGUUCGUAAGAUUUUUGGCCAGAUUGGAACAAUCAGGGACAGGGGUCUGUGGAUGCCAGUUGAUCCCGAGACACAGAAGACUAAAGGUUAUUGUUUUAUAGAGUACAACACUCCUCAGGAAGCACAAACAGCAAAAGAUCAAACAAAUGGAUAUAAGCUGGACAAAGCACACAUUUUUGCUGUUAACAUGUUUGAUGACUUUGAGAAAUUCAUGAAAGUAUCAGACGAAUGGGUUCCUCCUGAAACCAAGACAUAUUCUCCCAUUGAAAAUUUACACCAGUGGCUUACGGAUGAGAAAGGACGCGAUCAAUUUGUCAUUCGUGCUCAGUCAGACACUGAAGUUUAUUGGAAUGAUGCUAGGCAUUUGAAGCCUGAAUUAGUGUACCGCCGUACACAUUGGACUGAGAGCUUUGUUCAGUGGUCACCGCUUGGAACAUACUUGGCAACUCUUCACAGGCAGGGAGCAGCUGUUUGGGGAGGUGCUACCACAUUUACCAGAUUGAUGCGUUUCGCACAUACACAGGUUAGAUUGAUUGAUAUAUCACCCGGGGAGAAAUUCCUGGUAACUUACAGCAGCCAUGAGCCUAGUAACCCAAGAGACACACAGAGGGUUACUCUAAACAUCUUUGAUAUGAGGAGUGGUGUCGUAGUGAGAGAAUUUAAAGGAAGUGCUGACGAUUUUGCAACUGGUGGAACUGGAGGAGUUGCUGGUGUGUCUUGGCCUGUAUUCAGAUGGGCAGGCGGCAGAGAUGAUAAAUAUUUUGCCAGGAUUGGAAAAAAUGCCAUCAGUGUCUAUGAAACAGAUACAAUGGGUCUCCUUGACAAGAAACUCCUCAGAGUUGACAAUGUAAUGGAUUUCAGCUGGUCUCCAACAGAUCCAAUAUUAUCACUGUUUGUGCCAGAGGGAGGUGGUGGAAACCAACCUGCAAGAGUUAGUCUUGUGCAAAUUCCUGGAAGGGAAGAACUAAGGCAGAAAAAUCUCUUCAGUGUAAGCGAUUGCAAGAUGUAUUGGCAAAGCAACGGAGAUUACCUUGCAGUGAAAGUGGACAGAUAUACAAAAACCAAGAAAAGUACCUACACUGGCUUUGAGCUUUUCCGCAUCAAGGAAAGAGAUAUUCCCAUAGAAGUGUUAGAAUUAGAAAACAAGAAUGACAGAAUUGUUGCAUUUGCUUGGGAGCCCAAAGGGCAUAGAUUUGCUAUUAUUCAUGGAGAUGGGAUUAAGCCAGAUGUCAGUUUCUAUUCAAUGAGGAGCCCUAAUAAUGUUGGUCGGGUUUCUAAACUCGCCACUAUUAAAGGAAGAUCAGCAAAUGCACUUUUCUGGUCUCCUAUUGGGCGCUUCAUUAUUUUGGCAGGGCUAAAAUCUCACAACGGCCAGCUUGAAUUUUACAAUGUUGAUGAGCUUGAGACAAUGGCAACUGGGGAGCAUUUCAUGGCAACUGAUAUUGAGUGGGAUCCUACUGGAAGAUACGUAGCAACAUAUGUCACAACAGUUCAUGAAAUGGAAAAUGGCUUCAACAUAUGGUCAUUUAAUGGAAAGCUAUUAUAUCGUGUUUCUAGGGAUCACUUUUAUCAGUUGUUAUGGCGCCCAAGACCACCCUCUCUUUUAAGUCCAGAGAAAGAAGAGGAGAUUGCCAAGAAUUUGAAGAAGUAUAGCAAGAAAUACGAGGCUGAGGAUCAGGAUGUUUCAUUAUUGUUAAGUGAACAAGACAGGGAGAAACGAAAGAAAUUACAGGAGGAAUGGCAGGGCUGGGUCAAUGAAUGGAAAUGUCUAUGGGAAGAAGAGAGAUUCCUUCGACAAGCAUUGCGUGAUGGAGAGCCCAGUGAUGAAGAAGAAGAAUAUGAAGCAGAAGAAGUAGAAGCUGAAGAGGUAUUAGAUGUUACAGAAGAGAUUGCUUCAUAUGGUUUUGAGGACUAAAGUACCAUAAAAUAGGUUGCUGAUGUCAAUCCCAUCCAGGAAAGUAUUUAAUUGUGCCAUUCUGCUGGCAGGUGUCUCAGACUGCAGUAAUUUUUCUUAUUUUAUAAGCACAUUUUUUAUUGCAGAAAUACUUUAAAAUUUUGUUGAGUUGAGUUGUAAAAUUGCCAAAUUUAGCAUGAAAAAACUGCAGUAAGAAAUCUUUUGUUUCUGUCGAAUGUUAUAUAUCCCUCGAGGUGGUUGCAUUGUAACAUUAAGAAAAAUACACAAGUAAAAUUUUAAUCA